AUUAUCCACAAAAAAACAACCAUCCCCAUCCAAUUUGUCGUGCAAAACAUGUACGAAGUGAGUCCUACGUUUGUCAUGCAUAAAAUUGAUGUGGAUGGUUGUUUUGUCCUGGAUAAAGAUGUCCCCGACUUUGCAAGCCGAGGUGGCGAUCACCAUGCACGCGGCCUUCAUGCUGCGGGUGGUGUUCCUGUCCGACGUCGACUACGAUUUGCUGGCCGCGAUCUGCAUGGCGCUGAAGCCCAUCACCUACGCGCAGGGCGAGCCGAUCGGCGAUUCCCAGGUGUUGUACGUGAUGCGGGCGGGCUAUGGAACUGUCAGGAUCGAAAUCGACGAAGUUGAAAUGAUUUGCCAUGCAUAAAAUGGUUGCCAGUCGGAACCCAGUUUAUUCCAAGUGGCGCAUGACAAAUUUCGGUGGUACCUUCUAAAUCCAGUUUGUAGUGCUGUUUGGGUAAGGAAGACGCCUCUUGUCAUGCUACUUAAGCAGCUCUACUUCUACCCCUCAACAGCCUUCCAAUCUGCCUCCCUUGCCUACUCUGCAAGACAGGCACUCUUGUGUUGUUGCAUUUUAUGCAUCACAAACUAUUUCAACUUUGACGAUUUCAAUCUUGACGCCUCCAUACGGGCGUGACCUUGGUGAACAACUGCGUGUACCGGGUGGGCGGCUGCUACCCUGCGCAAAAGUAUCGUGCUCGUAGCAAUCGCAGUCAUGCAUUACAAAUCUCCAUCCCGAGGCAUCAACAGCAUGACAAAUUCCAUUUGUCAUGCUGACCGAAUUUGUGAUGCGAUUUCUACUAGUACGAUGCUUUUGCAAUGCAUAGCUGCUGGGGGGAGGACAUUUUGCUGGACCACCCGGAUCUGGUGUCUUUCUACUCCGGCUUCGCCAUGACCUACGUGUAUCCUGUGCAAAAGUAUCGUACUCGUAUUGCAAUCAUGCAUUGCAAAUCUUUUUCUUGAGGUGAAUCAGCAUUACAAAUUUUAUAUAUUUCUCAUGCUGAGGAAAUUUGUAAUGCAUUUAUACGAGUGCGAUACUUUUGCAAUGCAUAACGUGGAAGCGUCGGCGAUUUCGCGCAAGCAGCUGAACGAUAUGAGAAUGAAUGCACAAUUGGAGGUCUCCCUCGUCGUACCCCGCAUAAUUUGUCGUGCAAAAUACCAAAUCGAAAUCCACUUCCACACGACUUUGCAGCCUCUUGGCACUGUAGUUAGCAUGCCAAGUUCUAGUAGAUCAUCGAAUAGCUGCACUGCACUUCUCCUGUGCAAGUUUGUGAUGCAAAGCCUGCAUUUUAUUGCUGACGCUUGUUGUACUAUUGCUGUUGGUGUUCUUCCUGCAAGAACACAAAUGAUGGGUAAACGUAAAAGGGAGACGUCGAGUUGUGCACUCUCAUAAGGGACGUUUUGUUGAAAUUCCCCGAGCAGUCCUCGCGCAUCCGCCGCCACAAGGUGCAGCUCGCAGUGCAGCGGACACUGAUGCGCGCGGCGCAAGAGAGGUUGCUGCAGAUGAUGCUCACGGCGGGCAGGAAAGAGUCGCUGCUGUUGCAAAAGGAGCAACAGCAACAGCUGCGGGACAGCACAGGGGAAAAUAUUAACGGCGAUGUAGGCCUCGUCGGGGGCGAUGCAAACACUAAUCCGUCCACUUUCCAAUCGCAGCAGCAAGCACAACAACUGCGCAGUAAUUCCACCAAUUAUCGGGCGAGCGCCACGCAGUCGCGCUCCUACGCGAUUCUGAAACAGAAGUGGAAGAACAGUUUUUUCAGUUUAUUACAAUGAAAAAUGCCCCCACCCGCGAACUUGGGAGCAUUUGUACUGCAAACCUUUCCAAAUGAAACACUCGCCCUCUUGCAUCUAUCAGCAUCACAGAUUUCCAAUCGUGAAUAGCAAAAAUUUGUAUUGCAAAUGAUCCAAGCAAGAGCAGCGCUUGUCAUGCAAGCGAUGCGAUAUACGCCUAGACCCUGCAUCAGAAAGAUUCAUACUCCUUUCAUGCAUGACAAAAAGUUUUCAUUUGGAAACUUCGCAUCAGAAAUUUUUGCAACUUUGGGGGUGGGGGCAUUUUUCACUGUAAUACAGUUUCCGCAUCGAAAACCGGCAAGAACAGAUGAACCUGAAGCAGUUUCACUCAACCAGGAAGGCCGUCGAAGAACAGAACGAGCUGUGCACGAAGCACGUCAUCGAAUCCAUGUUGGAAAACGUGAAAACCAACAUUCUCACCGAGGUAAACGGCUACGUCAGGGAAAAAAUCGAGAAGCAGCGUUCCAAAUCGGCAGGUAGUGGGAGCGGAGGGCCGCGGGGGAGAAGUAGCAAAAGAAGCGGUAACAUAGCGAACAGCGAAGAAGUAGAAAACGAAGAGAUGGGCGCGUUGCAAGAUUUGACGGAUGCUGGAUCGUCGCCGGUAGGAGGUGGUGGUCCACAUUUUCAAGCGACCACCUCCAAUGCACCAGCUGCCCCCGUCGCCGGACCAAGAAGUAGAACGUCUGGGAGUAGUAAAAAAACUAAAACCCCUCCAGCACGCGACCCGCCCCCACAAGCUCCUCCUCCGUUGGUCAAAAUUCCGAAGGUUGUUCUCGUGCGCGAUGUGCAGGCGCCAAGAGUAGAUCUUGCAGAGAAAAAUGCGUCAACGACCACGAGCCACCAGAUGCAGCAGAACAAGUUGCUGAAACCACCCGCGCCGCCACCCGCGCCAAUGCUAGCUUCGCUUCCCCCGGGGGCGAAGACGAUGCAACGGAAAGAAACCAGUACGAAAAGCGGCACAGAAUCUUUCGAGCCAAAGCUGAUUUUGGAAGACGAGGAGGAGGAAGCGGAGGCUUCGUUUUUUCAAGUUGCAGGUCGUGGUGACGACUCUUCAGAUGAAUAAGAGUUGAGCAGGCCUUCUGCUUCUUCGAGAAGUAAGUAAUUUUUAAUCACGAAUUUCAAAAAGACGAAAAGGACUGUAUUUGUACGAGUGCGCAAAAAUGAUGUCAAGAUGAUUUUUCUUUGUUCAAAACGACUAUUCGCAAGAGCAGAAAAUCGCACAUAAGAUCAUCCGUAACUACAGAG